AUGGCCGCUUGCCAUUCGACACCUGCUGUGCAACGCCUGCAGUUGCAGGACUCGACUCGGAUCGGCUACGGUGCGAUCAACGGCAUAGGUUCUUCGAGUCAGAAGGGUCUUCAGCAAUCGACCUACCCGCCGCAUCUACUCAAUUGGGUUUAUCUGGCUUUCGCCGACCAAAAUCCGUCGCAACCACCUGACCAGAGCAAGCUGCUUCCUGCGGUCUGGAAUAAUUUUCCCGGUACGACGUCGCAGGCUUAUCUACGUCAGAACGCGUUGAAUCCGUCCGGAUCUGUCAGACCCAUGAGAGAUAGCGUGGCGGAAAGUAUCGCGGAUUUAGCGGUACACUUUAACGAAUUAGCUGUAGGCGACCGGAAACCGGCGAAGAAGCCGCCGUCAACGUACCUGUGUCACUUGUGUUUCAAGAAAGGACAUUACAUCAAAGAUUGCCCGCAGGCACGACCGAAGGGCGAGGGCCUGACGCCGUACCAGGGCAAGAAGCGGUGCUUUGGCGAAUACAAGUGCCCCAAGUGCAAACGUAAAUGGAUGUCGGGCAACAGCUGGGCCAAUAUGGGCCAGGAGUGCAUCAAGUGUCACAUAAACGUGUAUCCUCACAAGCAGAGACCGUUGGAAAAACCCGAUGGUCUGGACGUGUCCGACCAGAGCAAAGUACAUCCCCAACAUCUCUGCGAGAAAUGUAAGACGUUGGGCUAUUAUUGCAGACGCAGCGCGAUAAUAACUUAACGAUAGCCGAAUUCCGUCCAAUUUAUCUCGCUGAUCCAAUUAAUCACAUCAACAAGAAGAUUUAACGGUGAACUGAGAAAAGACAAUUCGUUCGAUACACUUAACACGCCGAUGCGGAUGUGGAUCUGGACAGUGUCUCUGUUCGCGAGAUUAAAUACGAAAUAAAUCAUAGAAAGAAAGAGAAAGAUAGAGAGAGAAAGAAAUGAAUGAUAUAUUUUUAUGUACAUUAAUUUAUGAUUAGAAUUUUUUUAUCGCAUGACUUUUGGCGACGACCAAAGACACGGUUUUCAAUCGCAGGGCUUUAUAUUUAUGUAUAUUGAAUAAUAUUAUGUACAUGGACACAAAAUGCGCAAGUGCCAUGCCAGCAACAGAAUUUUUCGACUUUUUAAUAUUUGACAACGAAUAUUAUCAUAUCCGUACACGCGAGGAAAUGCGUGUUAUUCGAGUA